GUCUGUUUUUUCGAUCAAAUUAUGGGCAAUUGGCGGAAGGCUGUGCCGACAUCGCCGCGGGCGUCACCCGAGCCGAGCAGCUCGACGACGGGCGGAGUUACCAAGGCUAAGGAUGCGCUUGGUACAGGAGCUGGCAAGCCGAAAAAGGGCAACCGCAAGCCUGCUUCCCGUGGCAACAAGUCAGGUCGGGCAUGGAAGCCAAAGGCUAAGUCGAGGGCAUCGGCCAUGCAUCAGGGCAAGGGCCUCCAUCAGGGGACCAAGGUCAAGCUGAGCAAGGAGAAGGCUGAGCGGGCUCGGCGUGAGGCGCUGCGCGAGCUCAAGGAGCAGGCUCGGGCUGAAAAGGAGAAGGAGAUCCUUCGCAUCAAGCAGGCUCGCAAGCAGAGGGCCUUCAACAAGGCAAGAGCCGAGAUGGUCCAGAAGGUCACAAACUCGACGACUCUCGGCCGUCUCUCGGCACGCCAGAAGCGCGAGAUCGCAAAGCGGACAGAGGUUCUGCGUCUCUCUUACUUUGGCCUCGAGGAGACCGCAAAGGGCACCCUCUAGCCUUUCCUCCGUUCUGUCGCGGCUGCGCGUACCUUCACUCACCUCCGUCUUGCAUCUGGCGCUGGCCGUCAUCGUCUGCGCCGCGCUUCAGGUCGACGCUGUGCGUCACGCCUACCCUCGCCACCACUCCCGAUCUCCCUGCCAACCACCCAGCCGCCCAUGUCUGGCCUGUGCAGGCCACACCACCAAACACCAACAUACACAUCCUCUCCCCAAAGCCACACCGCGC